AUGCCUUCCUGCUUUUCAAGCGACAGUGUAUUAACAGGUGAUAAUUCUACUGAAAACACAGAAUACAAUCGAUGUGUUGAUGAUGACUACCUAGUAAAACAGUAUAAACCGCCCGCUCGACAACCUUCGGGACGGAACCUGCCUGCAGCGACCGAGUCACGUGAUGACGUAACAUCCGCUGCUGACCACCUGCCGCGUGAUUAUAGGCUAAGAGGCCGAACGAUGACUCCAUCUGCGGCAUUUUCUGAAGCGGGGACUAGCAUGCUUGAACAUGAAUGA